AUGUCACCGAUUACUUACCCUCCACCCGCCCACACCUACAUGUCGACCAAGGCGGCUGUUGUAUCGCAUCAGCCUGCUCCUGUCCAAGGGAUGGUCGUCGAGGAAAAGAAGGAGCAAGAGCCGAUGAGGCUUAGAGGUGGAUGUAUACCAUGCCCUAUAUACACUCGAAGCUCUUAUUACAGUCUUUAUUUCAGAAUUGUAUUGGAUCCUCGCAGGCUUCACGGCAACUAUAGAUUCGCAUCCUGUAUCACUGCUCAAGCGCUCACGCCUUCCCAAUACUCUAUUGCCGCCACACUUAUGAAGUCUAAUAUCAUUCAUUCUCUCGUCGCCGUUCAUCUACUAUCCCCCCAUGCGACAGCCAUAUCUCUUCCUGCACCUCUUAUGGAGACUCGCUCGGAAUGGGUUCAGGUUAUAUUGACAUUUACAGAAAACACACGAGGCAUAGCCCCAGUACGACAUAGCAUCGAGCAUGCUGAAAGGAAAGACAAGUGA